AAAUAUGUCACUUUUUACAUCAAAAUAGUGUCAAAAUCACUAAAAGCUGAAAUUGAACAUCAACAAUGAAUCCAUUAUCAAAAAUCCGUUACUUCUUUACAAUUAUUUAUAAGAACGGUGGAUUGUGGAAGUCACUAUGCAAAUUGGGACGUUUUGAUACUUUGAAGGAUGGUCGUUACGUCGGUUGCGACGCUUUCGGCAAUCAAUAUUUCGAGAAUCCUUAUUACUUCCUCGGCCGAAGUCGCUGGGUGGAAUACAGCAAGAGCGUUAAACUAGAAUAUGAUGCAACUCAGAUAACGCCGGAGUGGUUUGGUUGGUUACAUUAUAGAACGGACCGUCUGCCCGACCAGGAUUGUCCCAAGUUUCUGCUCAAAUCCUGUUGCAAGAGUCAAUGUUGGUUGCUUAAUCACGAAGAAAAUUUGUCAGGCACUCCGUCAGCUUAUUACCCCUACGAUACCACACGGCGUCGCAUUGAUCCUUGGGAUGGUACAUCAAUCUGUAGUCGUCGUUCAAAUUAAAAAUUGAAAUCAGAAAAUAUGUGAAAAAUGUUUGCGUUAUCGCAAA